GACGCGGAGGGAGACCAGGCCAUGGACGGGGGAGGGGCCGAGGCAGCGCCACGGCGCAAGCAAGCGCGCCGUGGCGGACGGAGGACGAGGCGCGGCGACCACGCGGAGAAGAAGUGGACCAGCAAGGACAAGCAAUUACUAUCAUUACUGAAGUCGAUUCUGAAGUUGGUGCUUCAAACGGCGCACCGCACGAGGCUGAACAGCUCCCUGGCCCCGGGCACCUACACUUGCCCGAAGACUCACAAGGUGAUCGACGCGGUGAGCAACGAGUUGGAGGGCUACAAGCAGCACCUGGACCUGCUACGUCAGGGCUCAGCGGAGGACAAGAAGAAGAUGAAGGAGAUCGGCUCCCCCGCGCCCAGCAUGGGCCUCGCGGCCUUGGAAGGAGUACUGCAGUGCGACAUCGGGGGAGCGCUCCGCACCGAGAUCGAGGAGUACUUGCUGAAGACCAACCCGCCCGACGGCAGUAUGGAACCAGACAUAUCCAAGGAAGAUUUGGCCGAGGAGAUCAGCUUCAUUCGACUCGAGAACUGCUUCGACACGGAGAAAAUGAAACUUAUCAUUGGAGCUCCCGAAUGGGGUGGUAGGAAACUUCUCAUGAAAGCAUUCCGUUCGGAGGGCGUGGUCACUCACCAUCACGGAGUAGCGCCAGCGGGCUGGCUCGAGGACGAGGUCGGGCACUGGUUGGAGACGCUCGACCACGAAUAAAUUUCUUGCGAGGUGGAGUCCUGCCAGGCACGAUACCGGCACGA